GAGAAGACCCUUUUCCAGGGAUCAUUGACAUACAUGGACUUGGAGGAGGUCUUCUUGAGCACAGAGCCAGCCUCCUGGCCAACCAUGGCUUUGCCACGCUGGCCCUGGCUUAUUAUCAAUAUGAGGAUCUGCCCCAGAAGCCAACUGAACUCCACCUGGAAUAUUUUGACGAGGCGGUGAACUAUAUGCUGCAGCACCCACAGGUGAAGGGACCAGGGGUCGGACUGCUCGGUUACUCCAAAGGAGCUGAUCUGUCUCUCGCCAUGGCUGCCUUCCUGAAGAACAUCACAGCCGUUGCAUCCCUCAACGGCCCCGUAGCCAUUACCUGUAUUCCUCUCCGGUACAAGGAUAAAACCAUCCCCUCUUUGCCACUCAUUGAAGAAAAGGUCAAGGUCAUUGAUUCCAAUAUCCUUGAUUAUUCUGACGUUGUUCUUGAUGCCUUUCAAGCCCCUGGCAACCAAAGCCUGAUCCCACUAGAGAAAGCUGAGGCACAGUUACUGUUCAUUGUGGGACAAGAUGACCAUGUUCUCAAAACUGAGUAUUAUGCUACGGAAGUCUGCAAGCUUCUGCAGGCUCAAGGGAAGGAAAAUUUUCAGAUUCUCUCCUACCCUGGAACAGGCCACUGCAUUGACCCUCCAUAUUUCCCCUUGUACCCCGUGGGAAACCAUCCCGUUUUUCACAAGCGAGCAAUCCUGGGUGGGGAGCCCGUGGCUUAUUCUAAAGCUCAGGUUCAUGCUUGGCCAAAGAUCCAGGCUUUUUUCAAGAAAUAUUUAAAUGACAACUAAUGGGAAAAAAACAAUAACAUGCAAGCGACACACAACUCUGAACAACCAGAUCCCAUACAUUCUUUUACAUUUCCCAGGUCAAACCUGGUUCACAGGGUUUGAUACAGCCACAGCAUCUCCCACAGCUUUGCACAUCCCAAACUCAGAAAAGAACUGGGUUUGCCUUGUAUGGUUUUCCCUGAACUUUUUUGCUUACACGGACUGGCAAAUAGAUUUGCAUUAGCUCGUGAGAGAACAGAUCAUGUGCAAAAUGCUCAGUUACCUUUCUCAAGUGCUUUCUUCUAAUACUUGAUAGUACUUUGCAUAUCACUGUGGUCUCUACAUGCAUUUCCUAUCCUCAGCUCAUACUGUAAAGUAACAGGUCUCCAAUGCUAAUUGGAGCGGUUUUUCACCACUCAUUUAGGUGAAUGGAAGCAUUUCCAUCACAAAUGGAAAUGUCUGAUCUCUGUGCUGCUGCAAGGGUAUAAGAAUGGAUGCUACAGGCAGGAUUAUGGGGUAUCUCUGUUUCACCCCUGGGAAGGGUUGUUUUCCCUCUGUAUCUUUUCCAUCUUCCCAUCAGAAGGGAGUGCUCUGGCUCGUGGAUACUUCUGGUCCCAAGAUGCCAGAAGCCAUUCUGCUAAAUUUACAGCCAUUGUGAUCUUCCCCCACCUGAUGUGGAACGUUUUUGCCUUCAUUAUUGGUGUGAGAACUGUAAUAAAGAGCCUGAGAUUUGAAAGCCA